UCUCCCUUUUGGGCCGGGCCUCUUCUUCUGGACUUUGACCGCCUCGGGCCCCGCGUUGGCCGGCAGAGCGAUGUUCUUCGCCUCGGUGGCCAGGAGCAUGGCGAGGGCACCCCGCUUGCUGCAGCCGGUGGCCUCGGGCCGGCUCCCGGGGCGCUACCAGUCCCACCAGGAAGGCCUGCCGCCGCUGCCGGUCCCGCCUUUGCAGCAGACCAUGGAGCGCUACAUGCUGGCCCUCCAGCCCAUCGUCAGCGAGGAGGAGCUCCGCCACACGCGGGAGCUGGUGCAGGACUUCCUCAAGCCGGGGGGUUUCGGGGAGCGGCUGCAGAAGGGCCUGGAGAGGAGGGCCAAGAAGCACGAGAACUGGCUCUCCGACUGGUGGCUGAAGACGGCCUACCUGGAGUACCGCCUGCCGGUGGUGGUGCAUUCCAGUCCCGGCGUGGUUUUGCCUAAACAGGACUUUCAGGACCGGCAGGGCCAGCUCAGGUUUGCAGCCAAGCUGAUCGAAGGCGCCUUGGACUUCAAGACCAUGAUUGACAAUGAGACCUUACCUGUGGAAUACCUGGGCGGGAAGCCGCUCUGCAUGAACCAGUAUUACCAGAUCCUCUCCUCGUGCCGCAUCCCGGGCCCCAAACGGGACUCCGUGGUGAACUACGCCAGAGGGAAGACGCCCUCCACGCACGUCACGGUGGUCCACAACUUCCAGUUUUUCGAGCUGGACGUCUACAGCAGUGACGGGAGCCCCCUCACCACCGACCAGAUCUUCCUCCAGUUGGAAAAGAUCUGGAACACCUCGCUCCAAACCAACAAGGAGCCCAUCGGGAUCCUGACCACGAACCAUCGCAACAGCUGGGCCAAGGCCUACAACAACCUCAUCAAAGACAAGACGAACAAGGAGUCGGUGCGCUCCAUCGAGAAGAGCAUCUUCACCAUCUGCCUGGACGCUCCAAUGCCCCGUGUCUCGGAUGACAUCUACCGCAGCCGGGUGGCCGCCCAGAUGCUGCACGGAGGGGGCAGCCGGUGGAACAGUGGGAAUCGGUGGUUCGACAAGACCCUCCAGUUUAUUGUGGCAGAGGAUGGAUCCUGCGGCUUGGUCUACGAACACGCGCCCUCGGAGGGCCCCCCUAUCGUUGCUAUGUUGGACCACGUUGUGGAGUACACGAAAAAGCCGGAGAUGGUGAGGUCCCCCAUGGUCCCUCUGCCCAUGCCCAAGAAGCUGCGGUUCAACAUCACCCCAGAAAUCAAGAACGACAUCGAGAAGGCCAAACAGAACCUCAACAUCUUGGUCCAGGACUUGGACAUCUCCGCCAUCGUCUUCCACCAGUUUGGGAAGAACUUCCCCAAGUCCCAGAAGAUCAGUCCGGACGCUUUUAUCCAGAUGGCCCUGCAAUUGGCUUAUUACAGGAUGUACAAUGAGGCCUGUGCCACGUACGAAAGUGCCUCGCUCCGCAUGUUCCGCCUCGGACGGACGGACACCAUCCGCUCGGCCUCUGUCGAUUCCCUCAAGUUUGUCCAGGCCAUGGAUGAUUCCGGAAAGCAGGAGCAGGAGAAGGUGGAGCUCUUGAGGCGAGCGACCCAAGCCCAUCGUGCUUACACAGACAUGGCCAUCCGAGGGGAUGCCAUUGACCGCCAUCUCCUGGGCCUGAAGCUCCAGGCCAUAGAGGACCUGGUGAGCAUGCCGGAGCUCUUCAUGGACACCUCCUUCGCCGUGGCCAUGCACUUCAACCUCUCCACCAGCCAGGUUCCUGCCAAGACCGACUGCGUGAUGUGCUUCGGUCCAGUCGUCCCCGAUGGUUACGGCAUCUGCUACAACCCCAUGGACGACCACAUCAACUUUGCCAUCUCCGCCUUCAACAGCUGUGGCGAAACCAAUGCCGCCCGCAUGGCGCACUAUUUGGAAAAGGCCCUUUUGGACAUGCGCCUCCUGCUGCAGUCGAACCCCAGAUCCAAGCUUUAAGGAGGAGCGAGUCCGUGGUUAGGAGCGUUGUGACUCCCAAUGUCCGAACACCCACCAUAUUGAUGAGAACGGGCUCCACCUGGAUCGAAAGUGCAAGUUUUGUACAGUAUCAAUGUGCCUUUUUCUUGUGAUUCGGAAAGUGCCCUUCUCCCUCCCAGAGGAGUAUUUUCUUGGAGGGCAAGUAAUGCCAACCGACACUUGUAUUCUCAGCAUGCCAUUUUUUCUGUUUUUGCUGUGGAAACAAAAAUACAGCCUUUCCCUUGUAUGUAAGAAGAGGAGAUAAAGCCAUAUACAUAAUGGCAACUGAAAGAACAAAGCGUCAAAGAGAAGAAAACAGGAGUGAUGGAACACGAUGGCAAGCGGAAAGACUUAAAUCUAGUAAUGUAUGUCUUUUUUUGGAUUGAGAAUGUAAUUCUGAGUGAAUCCAAACACCCUUUUAGAUUGUGCCAAAAAAGAUCCCCCCCUUUUA